GCUCUAUAUAAACCUUAUUUCAAACAUCUAGUCCUUCAACUUCAACACCAAGCUCUAUCACAGGUAAGUUUCAUGAGAGUGUAAUAAGGUUAAUUAAUUUUCACGUGACAGAGUUCACCCAAACACUUCAAUAUGUCUUCUUCAUCAGUAGUCGAUACCUGCAAAUUUGAGAAUUUGCAGGUGGACAUUGAGAAGAAUGACAAGGAUGUUGUAAGGUCUCAGUGGGUUCUUAAUGCUCCUGAUCCUCCAAGUCCUUGCCGUGUCGUUGUAGAUUCUAUGAGGAAAUCAUUCUCGAAUUUUCGAGAGAAAAUUUCCUCAUUUAGUGAUCAAUCUUGUGGCACACUACUACUUUCGGGUUUGCAGGUUGUUUUUCCUAUUUUUGUUUGGGGCAGAAACUACACUGUUGCUAAAUUUAGGAAUGAUUUUCUUGCUGGCCUCACUAUUGCUAGUCUCUGUAUUCCCCAGAGCAUAGGGUAUGCAACCUUGGCAAACCUUGCUCCUCAAUAUGGACUAUAUACUAGUGUGGUACCACCGCUUAUCUAUGCUGUAAUGGGAACUUCAAGAGAGAUAGCAAUUGGUCCUGUGGCAGUUGUUUCAUUGUUGUUAUCCUCAAUGGUUCAGAAAUUAAUAGACCCUUUUACUGAUCCAAUUGGUUAUACAAAGCUUAUUUUUCUUGCUACUCUCUUUGCUGGUAUCUUUCAAACUGCAUUUGGACUCUUCAGGUUGGGGUUCCUUGUGGAUUUUCUGUCCCAUGCUUCAAUUGUUGGAUUUGUAGCAGGAGCUGCCAUUGUGAUUGGGCUUCAACAGUUGAAGGGACUGUUUGGAAUCACUCAUUUUACCACCAAAACCGACAUAAUCUCUGUCAUCAAAGCUGUUUGGGAAGCACUUCAUAACCCAUGGAACCCUCGUAAUUUUAUCCUGGGAGGCUCGUUCUUGGCAUUCAUCCUAACGACUAGAUUUCUGGGUAAAAGGAAGAAGAAUUUCUUCUGGUUUGCAUCGAUUUCUCCACUUGUAUCUGUUAUACUCUCAACCCUGGUUGUUUAUCUAACUCGAGCCGAUAAAUAUGGAGUUAAAAUUGUGAAACACGUCAAAGGAGGACUCAAUCCAAGUUCCAUUCAUCAGUUAGAUUUUAACAAUCCCCAUGUUGCAGAUGUUGCCAAAAUUGGACUUAUUGUUGCUGUUGUUGCUCUUACUGAAUCUAUUGCUGUUGGACGAUCUUUUGCAUCUAUUAAAGGAUACCAACUUGAUGGAAAUAAGGAGAUGAUGUCAAUAGGCUUCACAAACAUCAUAGGAUCUCUCACCUCCUGCUAUGUUGCAACUGGUUCGUUCUCUCGCACCGCUGUUAAUUAUGCGGCUGGGUGUGAAAGUUUAGUAUCAAACAUUGUGAUGGCAGUUACAGUGUUGAUUUCACUGCAGUUUUUGACAAAACUCUUGUAUUACACCCCAAUUGCUAUUAUUGCUUCUGUGAUCCUCUCUGCUCUACCAGGACUCAUUGACAUAAAUGAAGCUUAUAAAAUUUGGAAGGUUGAUAAGCUAGACUUUCUUGCUUGUGCUGGAGCCUUCUUUGGGGUUCUGUUUGCUUCUGUGGAGAUUGGUCUUCUAGUGGCGGUGGUAAUAUCGUUUGCAAAGAUAAUUCUGAUAUCAAUUCGACCAGGCACAGAAACUCUAGGAAAACUUCCUGGAACUGAUCUGUUCUGCGAUGUCUAUCAGUAUCCUAUGGCAAUUCAGAUUCCUGGGGUCAUGAUAUUGCGUAUCAAAUCUCCAUUGCUUUGCUUUGCAAAUGCCAGUUUCGUUAGAGAAAGAAUCAUCAAAUGGGUCACUCGGGAUGAUGGAUCAGAAGACGACAAGGGAAAUUCAAAAAGCACUCUUUAUCAACUUGUGAUUCUUGACACCUCGAAUUUAGUGAACAUUGACACCUCAGGAAUUGCUUCCCUGGAGGAACUGUACAAGUGUUUGUCUUCACAUGGGAAGCAGUUAGCCAUUGCGAAUCCGAGGUGGCAAGUGAUUCACAAGCUAAAGGUGUCAAACUUUGUGAGCAAAAUAGGUGGCAGAGUCUAUCUGACUGUUGAAGAAGCUGUUGCCGGCUGCAAGAAUAAUCAGUUCUAAAUAAGUUGUAUUGUGUGGAUAUGGAUGGCUACUAGCUUAAUUAUUCAUGUGUGUGUAAAAAAAAAGCUUAUUUGCUUGUGUGUUGAAUUUCCAGUCCCAAAUUACGUUAUGCACGAAAUGGGACACUGAAUUAAUAAAUUCUAAUUGUAGAUGUAUGCUAAUUAAGUUUCUUUCCAUGUAUGUGCUUAAGAAUAAAUUAACCAAAUUGAUAUAGCGUGCUAAAA